GAGAGUUGGCGUACUACGAAGAAUCACAUUUCCAUAAUAUUAAAUUUUAUAAUGUUAAUGAAUACUUCUUCCUUACAAAAUAAUCUUAUUGAAGAAGUUGUAUCAUUGCAUUCACUGAUUAGAUAAACUAUUAAAGUGUCUGUGUGCUUCUUAAUCAAUAUCUGUGUAUACUGCACCGUAAGUUACAAAUUGACAAAAUUCAAAUAGCGCCAAAUUUUCAAAAAAUUGAGAGUUGACGAUGUGGAAGCAAAUCAUAAUCGAUGAGAAAUUAUACUUGUUAAGGAAUUCAAAAGAUGGAAGCCAGUUUCAUAUCUAUAUAACCGAUCUUUUAAAAAUAUGGAUUGAAGAUUUGUCAGAAGAUAAACUUCUUCAAAGAUGUAAGGAUAUGAAUCCGCUUUAUGAAGCAUCGUCUGAGAUUCUAAUUCAAAGAAUUAAGGAGCUUGUUGAACUAGAGAGCUCUGAUGUAAGAACAACAAUUACAGAAAGCAAUGGGCAAAUUGAACUUGCAAUUUCCUCUUAUUUGGGAGGAGUUAUCUUCAAGAUGAAAUUUUCUCUCUCACUAGGAUCUCCAGAAAUGUUUUUUAAACAAAUGACCUCGCCUCUAAUCCGGAUGGUAGAAGAAUUGAAGGAUCAGCAAAAUGAACUAUUUGGUUUGUUGAACAAAAAAGAUAUUGAAAUUGAAGAGUACAAGAUGAGCGGAAUGAAAAUUACAAGAAAAAACGUUGAAACAAAACCAUUCAUUAAGGAGGAAUUCUUGAAAAACGUUUCUAACGAAGAUGUUCAAAAACGCAGAAAAAGUAUUUGCCCAACAACUUCUUUUAUCGAUAACUGCAAUGAACUGUACGAGGAGUGUUCAAAAAAUAUAGAGACUGCUACAGAAACAGGAAAGGAAGCUCCUGAAAAAGAGCAGACUAAGGGAUCAAAUUCUGAUAAGGACAAUAAAUCUCCUAAGAAAACUAAGAGUAAACGUGGUGCAGGGAUUGUCUAUGAGCAGGAUAAUGAUGAAGAUGAUGACGAAACUUACUUCAGUAUACCGAAUCAAGCAGCUUCUACAACUUCUGCGAAGAAGGAAAAAUCUCCAACUAAGAAAAAACGUUCAAGAAUUCAAGAUAUGUUCUGAUUUCACUCUUGUAUCAUCGCAGGCCGUUCCAAAGUAAAUCAUGAUCAAUAACACAAAUAAAAAACUAUUCUUUAGCAGCUAACAAAAAGUAUUUCGAUGAGGUGUCAGUGAUAGUGUCCUUGUAGUAUUGUCCGUAUUUAAAAUGAGAGUUUUGAAAUUAUCAAUUGUAUAACUUAGUAUUUUUAAUACAAACUCAAGAUCGAGAAUGACCUGUAAGCCUACAAUAAAAAUAUGUCAAAACAUUUAUAUGUUCUAGUUGAAAAAACCACCAUUCCCAUUUUAAGUUGAUACAAGCAUUGUAGAACAAGCAUCUGCAUUUCAAACAAAUGCACUAUUAUUGUUCUGUAUCAUACUCUUGAGAAACUUUACUUGAAAUUAUAUUAUUUUAUUUAUCUAUUAAAAUUUUAAAAGUGUAUUUUACAAGAUUUGAUUGAAUCUAUGUUGAUUGAAUAAGUUAUGCAACAUUUUCAAUGAUAUUUUAGUAAUAUAGCUCAAGUGAAAAUUAAUUUAGUUAGUUUAAAUUGAGUUGAAAUUGAUUGGGGCUUAUUUAUAUAGUAAAAUUUGAAUAAUUGUAUUUUAAGAGAUUUAAUUGUGUACGUUGAUUGAAUAAAAAUUAUGCAAACUAA